UUACUUUUAAAAGAUCACGAAUGGAAUUUGUUAGAAAGAAUCAUUAAUGCAUUAAAACCACUUGAACUUGUAACAAAAUUCUUUUCAGGAAGUAAAUAUCCUACUCUUUCAAUAAUUGUUGAAAUUGAUAACGAAUAUGAUUGUGAUGACAGUAAUAAUAUAGAAUUAGACAUAUUAGAUUCUGAAAGUGAUGAUGAAUUUUACUCACCAGAUUCUGUAUUUUACAAGUAUGAUACUCGUUUACAUACACCACCUGAUCUCAAUAAAAUCGAACAAGAAUUUAAAAAUGCAAUUUUUAAUUUUUUAAACAAAUAUUGGUAUGAUUUUUAUGAACAGCUUAAUAUCACUAGUAACAAUGAACUAGAACAAGAGACACUAUUAUUAGCAGAUACUGAAAUAAUGCAAAAUCCAUUUUUUGAAGGUAUUUUUGGCACACAGGAACAAGAAGAUACUACAUCUUUAGAUGAAAUAGCACGAUAUUUAGAUAUUGCACCUAUUAAUUAUAAUUAUAAUCCUUGGUAA